AUGAAGCUGCUGUAUGCCCUUGGGGAUGCAGUGAGUCAUUUGCUGGAUGGUUUGCCCAUCACCUUGAGCCAAGCGGUGAAUAGCACCGACUCCUGCCAAUAUCACAGUGGAGGGCACGGCGGCAUCCGAGUCGUCGUCAGCAGCGACAACGUCCGGAGUUUGGUUUUCGAGGACGAUCCAGGCUACAUUGAGGCAUCGGUGGCCUGCACUGGCAGCAAGCCGCACCUCCUGCGCUGGCCCUGGUCCAAGGCGCCCCAGACGUUGAGCUGCGAGGACCCUGUGGUGCAGGAGAAGUUUCGAUGUCAGGCGCCCAAUAUUGACAAGACGGACUGGCCAGUGCAAUGGCUGCCGUGGUUGGAAACUUGUCGGCUUGCGCCCCAGCGCAUCCUCUUCCUGGGCCUGGGAGGUGGCUACUACCAGAGCUACCUCUACAACCAAUGUCCCGGCUCCACAAUCCUCACGGUGGAGAGCAACCCUACCGUGGUGGCCGCUGCCCGGGACUUCUUUGGUUUCGAAGGUGAUGUGAUGCUGUCCGAUGCAAGCACUGGAAUGAAGCAGUUGCUGAAGUCCGGGGCAAAAUUUGAUGCCGUCAUCAGCGACAUGGGCCAGCGGCCGAUGGAAACCCAUGACCUGCGCCUGGCGCAGAAGCUCCUGAGACCAGGUGGCACCUUUCUGCUGCAGUGGUGCUACGGCGGCCUGCGGAAGCACGAGAUGAAGUUGGACAAGAUGAUGGACUUCUUCAUCGACGUCAGUGCGGCGGCGGAUCGGGACGGUCGCUGCACGUUCUACGCGGCUGAGAAAGCCAGUGAACCCACCGAGACGGACCCCGCGGUCUCUGAAGCGGCCUGA